AUGUUGACUGUAAAAAGUAGAAGGUAUUUAUAAAUUUUCUAUAUGAUAGAGAGAUUCAGAAUUUUAGAAAUUUGGGUUGGAAAUCCAAUUCUACUACAACACAAAUAAAAUUGAAGUUCAUAUUUCAUUGA